GAACCGCUAGCCUCUCCUCCGCCGCCGCUGAAGCUCCGUUUGUGUAUCAACAGUUUAUUCCGAGCCGGGAGGCCACCGCGAGUUUCUGUGCUUUCAGACAUCGUCCAGACAUCGGCCGCCAUGAUCUCCCUCACGGACUCCCAGAAAAUUGGCAUGGGCCUGACGGGGUUUGGAGUCUUCUUCCUCUUUUUUGGGAUGAUGCUGUUUUUUGAUAAAGCUCUCCUCGCCAUAGGAAAUAUUCUGUUUGUCACGGGUCUGUCCUUCGUCAUCGGCCUGGAGCGCACCUUCAGGUUUUUCUUCCAGAGACAUAAAGCCAAAGCCACCAGCUUCUUCCUGGGAGGCGUGCUCGUGGUCCUGAUCGGCUGGCCGAUCGUCGGCGUUGUUCUGGAGAUCUACGGCUUCUUCCUCCUGUUCAGGGGAUUCUUCCCGGUGGCGGUGGGAUUCAUCAGACGAGUACCUGUACUUGGAUCUUUGCUCAGUUUGCCAGGAAUUAGUGCUCUCGUGGACAAAAUUGGAGAGAGCAACACGAUGGUAUAACGCGGCGCUGUCCGUGGAACAAAGGACACUUUCAGUAUUUAUCAUGGCUCUUUAUGGUGGCUGUAUAUUUCCAUCAUUUCCACUCCGCAACUGUGAAUCCAAGCAUCCUUAGCACAACCGACUGACAGUGAACCUGUGGAAGAUGAUUCCGCCGACUGAGAGAAACUGUUUUCUAUCUGACCGCCACUGGAUGUUACCAAGAUACUCUUUUUUUUUUUUUUUUUUUUCCCAAAAGGUUGGAAACAGGUCUCACUUUUUGCAUCAUUCCAGCCUGGUGUUUAUGGACUGAUAAUGUGGGACCACUGGAUGAAUUCAGAGGAGAGUCACAAGCUGCUGACAGCAUCCUUCUCUCCUGAUCGUGUGCCUGAACCCUCACUGAGAGUUUUUUUUUUUUUUUUUUAACUUCCUAACUGGAGUUUUGUACUUUGAUAAAAGAAAAUGAUUUGGAGAUGACUGUAACAGAAACUGUUGUGAAAGCUAUUAUAAAGCCUUGUCGUGGAUGA